UUUUUGAUUUGUGAAACCAAAUUUUUCUCAGUAGAUUCAGUCUUGGGGUUUGUGGAGAACGAUGAUAUUAUAACGUUUUGGGAAUACAAACUGGUUCAUGCAUGGUGGUAUAUCAAUGUUGGUUUGAUGGUUGAUGAAAAAGCUGGAACAAAAAUGUUCAUCAGAGUCAAACUGCCAUGGGAUGUUAUGAUUGCAGCUGAAGAUAUGGACACUGGGCUCACGCUCCAGAGAACUAUUGUCGUUCAUCUACUCGAUGCCUUUGCUACCAAGAAAGCAACGAAAAAUCUUGGAUACUUCAUAACACCCACAAUUUUGGAGACAAUCGGCGAGGGAAAGAUCAAGGAGCAGACUGGCGAAGCUGUCUUUCCCGUGGUUUUCAACGGAAUCUGCUUUAAGAUGUUUAAAGGAGAGGUUCUUCAUGGUGUGGUUAGCAAGGUGCACAAGCUUGGUGUCUUUUUGAGAUCUGGCCCUUACGAAACCAUUUACCUAUCACACAUGAAGAUGUCCGAUUACGAGUUCAUCCCAGGAGAGAACCCGGUUUUCAUGAAUGAGAACAUGUCCCGGAUUCAGAUCGGCACCAGAGUUCGUUUCAUCGUAUUAGAUACCCAGUGGAGAGAGGCAGAGAAAGACUUCAUAGCUUUGGCCAGCAUCGGAUAAGACAAUCUUGGCCCGUUCUAAGGAUUGUAAUCUGAGUUUUUCCACUCUAUAUAUAUGCUAUGUAAAAAUGCUUUUCAAUGAAAUUGAUCAAUCUUUAUUUAAUAAA